AUGAUCCCGCGAUCUUUUUUGCGCAUACGAACGCUAUUUGCAGCAUUGAUGCUCCUUAUCUUUCUCACCUGGACAAUAUUGAGACAUCUCGAAGCCUACCUCCCCAAUCUCUCGUCUCCACAGGCCAUCACAGACCUGACACCCUCACAUCGCCAAUUCUGGCGGGAAUUCCACGCCCUGCUAGAAAAGUAUGCGCCAGACACAGAGCCUAUCAUCGAAUACGAAAAGGCGUCCACAGAAGGCUUCAAUGCCCGCAAUGCACCACCACGCCCAGAUACACUCUACAUUCCAGAAGAAGACGUCACAACAAUGAAAGAAGCGCAUACCGGGUUCGUCAAUACAAUCGCCAACUCCCCACCCGAUCUCCCCUACCUCCCGGGCACAAAAGGCAUAGUUUCAACAGCAGGAGGGACGUACCUCCCAGUGCUAGUGAUAUCCCUCCGCAUGCUCCGCCGAACCGGCUCCACCCUCCCAAUGGAAGUCUUCCUCUCCGACGAAGACGAGUACGAAGAGUACAUAUGCGACAUAGUCCUCCCCUCCCUGGACGCGCGGUGCAUAACGCAGACGCCUUCCCCCCUCCAGAAACCAGAACAUCUCUUCACGACCGAGCCCUUCCUCUCAAAGAGAAUGCUCACCUGGCCCGAUUUCUGGGCUUCAUCUGUUUCCCCGCUCUUCUACGAUAUUGCAAACUACCCACCCCCACCAAUGGACCUACGCCAAUCAACAGAAUCGGGCGAAGUCCUCCUCUCUAAGAGAUCACAUCUUCGAACCCUCCUCUUAACAACAUACUACAACUACCACGGUUCCUCGCAUUAUUAUCCGCUGCUUUCACAGGGCGCAGCCGGCGAAGGCGAUAAGGAGACCUUCGUCGCAGCCGCGACGGCCAUGCAAGAGUCCUUCUACCAGGUCAGCGAGUCUAUCUGCGCCCUCGGGCAUGAAACCCGCAGCGGUUUGGCCGGUUCUGCAAUGGCGCAGUUCGAUCCAGCUCAGGACUUCGCCUCGACUAGUCGUGGGAUAUGGCGUGUCAGAGGCGAUGAUGCACCCGCGCCAGAUGUAUUUUUCAUCCAUGCCAACUUCCCAAAGUUCAAUCCUGCUACUGUGUUUGAGAUCCAUGAGGUUAACCCUACGUAUACGGAUGAGGGUGAGUAUACGCGGGCUUGGACAUUGCCGGUUGAUGUUGUACGGGGGUUUAAUGGUAGGGUUGAUGUUGAGAAGGGGUUUUGGGAGGAGAUUCUUUGGACGGCUUGUGAGCUUGAGGAUAAGUUUCAGAGUUGGCUUGCGUAUGAGGGAAUUUGCGACGCGGUGAGCGUUUACUGGGGUGCUGUCUUUGGGGUGGAUUGA